AUGGAGGUUGGUCUGACAAUGGGAAAGGGGAAGUCCGAGGGUGGUAUCAACAUAGAGAUGGCCGAAGUCAAACAUGAGGAAACCGAGGUCGGUGCCAGUCCAAAAGCCGACAAAGACGUGGGCCGGGUGACUCCCACCAUAAUCAUUGAGCCACCCACACCACACACAUCGGCGAUUUUCAAGAGCACUGAGACCGAGGUCGGUACCAACACUGACAAAGGAAAGGGCCGGGAGAUUGGGCCGCCAGCCAGUGAGAUGGAGUGGAUCGUGCCCAAGUUAGCAAUGCGGCCAGAAUUGGGCUUGGCUGUCAAUUAUAUGCAACAAAGCUUUACACCCCCACCUGUUGAGCGCACGUCCCGGCCAGAAGGUUCGCGUUCGGUAUCCCGUUCUCGGCAGGUCAGCCCACCAGAUCCCAAGGAGGUUCAUCUUGACACGGCGCUCUAUCAGAAGAAGAUUGACUUUAGGUCCUUGAGCCCCCCACCGAACUUCGACAUGCAGACGAUGCAGCAGGAGAUCAGAAGACUUGCUCAUGGCCAAGCCGACCUCCUGCAGAAACUCCGAGACCAACAAGCGCAAGUCAGCGUCAUGGAGUCGUCUACCCCUACUAUGCGAGAGUAUUCGGCAUUUGUGGUCCGAAAACAAGAUAUUGACGCAAGUGCCCUUCUCCCCCUGGCGGUUGACUCACCCGUGACCCUGUCACAACGUCUUUUGGCGCUCGAAGAGAUUACCCGGUGUAUUCAAGAUCAAGAUUGGGCUAGCCGUCCUCUGUCGGAGAAAUUGCAAAGACUGGAAGCCGAGGUGAGGGAAGCUGUCAAGACACUGGAGAACAAGUGGGAGACUACGCCAGCUGUGUUACAAGAGAGUCUCACCUGGGGCUNUGAGAAACUUGCAAGCUGCAUCGAAACUGCCGAGCUAACACUCCACGACCUCACCAAAUCAGUCACUACUAUUUCGGAGCUCAACCUGCGGCUCGGUGCUCGCCAAUCAAGUCUGGAAUCACUCAUUAUCCAGUUCCUCGGCAACAAGGAGAAGAAGCACACUGGCAUCAAUACCAAUCACUCAGUCUCACCCAACCACAGUCAGAAAAGCCAGCAGGUACAAGUCUCCCUGACCCCAGGUGUCGUUCUGCCAAACCCAGUUUCAACCGAUCACGUGCAAGUCUCUCCAACCCCAGCCGUCUUUCUGCCCCCAGCAUCUGAGAGCCCAGCGGUCCUUCUGUUGGCGCCAAACCCAAUUCCUCCAACCUGGGCAAGUUCGCCUGGUCCUUACAUUGGGGGUAAUAGGAAGUCACCUCAGCUACAGAAACUCGAACCCACACUUCAAACCCCCGCACAGACCGAGUGCGGUUGUUUGAGCCAGACCCGUUCCAACAUGGUGUCAACUGGAUGGGACCAGGUUGGGCUGAUCCACGCUGCAUGGGAUUCAAAGCUCUUCAGCAGACCCAUGACACAUGAGCCCAUUCCAUGA